AUGCACAUCGCUAUUAUCGGAGGAGGCAUCGCGGGAGUCACCCUGGCGAUCGCCCUGCACCACCGCAACCUCUCCGUAACGCUGUACGAACAAGCCGGCGAGUUCAGCGAGGUGGGCGCGGGGGUCUCCUUCAGCCCGAACGCAGUGCAGGCCAUGCGCCUGUGCCACGAGGGGAUCCACGGCGCGUUCGAACGGGUGUGUACGCGCAACCUGUGGCCGAGCAAACAGAACGUCUGGUUCGAUUAUUUGGACGGACUGUCUACCGAGGGGAAACGGCAGCCCAUCCGCUUCACGAUUUCAAACUCUCUCGGUCAGAACGGAGUCCAUCGUGCACAUUUCCUAGACGAACUCGUCAAGUUGCUUCCGGAUCAUGUCGCGCAGUUCAACAAACGGCUCGACACUAUUGAAAAAAAGGAAGCAGAUGGAGAAGAUGGUCGGCUCCGGUUAUCCUUUACGGACGGUUCAUUCGCAACGGCAGAUCUUGUCAUCGGGUGUGAUGGCAUUAAAUCGCGGGUGAGGCAGAUCUUGCUGGGUGAUGCCCAUCCCGCUGCUAAACCGGGGUAUACGCAUAAAUACGCUUAUAGGGGGUUAGUUCCUAUGGAGAAGGCCGUCGAAGCUAUAGGAGAAGAGUUGGCUUCGAAUGCAUGCAUGCAUAUCGGUCCGAAAAACCAUAUGUUGACCUUCCCCGUCAACCAGGGCAAAACGUUGAAUAUCGUCGCCUUCCACUCCUCCCAGGACGAAUGGAAGGAGUAUCCCCGUUUGACGCGGAUGGGGACCAGAGACGAAGCUCUGGCCGAUUUCCACGCGUUCGGCGAGAAUGUGACGCGGUUGUUGAAGUUGACGGACGAGCAGUUGUCGGUGUGGGCCAUCUUCGAUCUGGCAGACCAUCCAGUCCCGUUCUUCAGUAAAGACCGCAUCUGUAUCGCCGGCGACGCCGCCCACGCAACCUCCCCCCAUCACGGCGCAGGAGCAGGCUUCUGCCUGGAAGACUCGGCCGUGCUGGCGGCCUUGCUGGCGGACGGCAGCGUCCGGUCCCACGCGCACAUCAAGGUCGCCCUGGCCGUAUACGACGAUCUCAGGCGGGAGAGGGCCCACUGGCUGGUCCAGAGCAGUCGCUUCAUGGGCAACGGGUACCAGUGCAUGGCUGACGGCGUGGGCAGCGACCUCGGCAAGCUCGAGGCGGAGAUCAAUCGCCGGAAUGCCAUCAUCGCCGACUUUGAUGUCGAGGCCUUGUGUCGCGACGCGACGGCCGAGUUGGCCAGCCGAUUGAGCAGUUUAUAA